ACCUACCCUCAAACCCUCUGGUUGAAUAGCACGAUUAUAAACACUCUCUCUAGCUAGAACUAGCGGCAGCGACAGUAGCGAUGGCAAGCAACGAGCCCGAUCACAGAGAAGAGGAUGAUGCCCCUGCCGCCGAGGAUGAAGACACCGGAGCACAGAUUGCCCCGAUCGUCCAGCUCGAAGAGGUCGCCGUUAGCACUGGCGAGGAGGAUGAAGAUCCUAUUCUUGAUAUGAAAGCAAAGUUAUAUAGAUUUGACAAGGAUGGGAACCAGUGGAAGGAGAGAGGCGCUGGCACUGUUAAGUUCUUGAAACACAAGGAGACCGCAAAGGUCCGCCUCCUUAUGCGCCAAUCCAAGACUCUCAAGAUUUGUGCCAAUCAUCUUGUCUUACCUAACAUGACCGUGCAAGAACACGCUGGUAGCGAGAAGUCGUGUGUGUGGCAUGCAACUGAUUUCGCCGAUGGUGAAUUGAAGAAAGAGCUAUUCUGCAUCCGAUUCGGAUCUAUUGAGAAUUGCAGAACAUUUAUGGAAACAUUUCAAGAGGUUGCUGAGUCGCAGACAAAUAAUGUGGAAAAUCAGGAUGCUACUGCUACUGCUGGGCUUUUGGAAAAUUUGAGUGUGGAAGAAGAGGAAAAUAAGGUAAAAAAGGGCGAGGAGGCACCUGCUGCUGCCAGUGAGGAGAAGGAAACUAAGAGUGUUGCACCUAAGGACGAAAAAGAUACCGAGACUGAGCCAGAGAAGAAAGACUAGCCUGCGACUUGAGAGGAUUGCCAAAUUGGCAAGUUCAGACAAGUAGUACCUCACCCAUUUGUUCAUGCCUUUGCGUUAGUGAACCUUUGGUCUGUGAUAGUAUGGGUCUAUGCAUCCUUAAGUUUUGAGUCUCUAAACAUUUGAUUAAUCUUUGGUUGUAUUUUCAUGCAUGUGGAGAGUCUGGUUAUGUUGGUCAGCAUGUUCAGUUGAAGUGCUCCAGAAGUCAGGAAAGCUAGGAAACAUUACUUGUUAUGAACAGUUUUAUUGGGUUUAUAUUUUUGUUAUUAUGCAGCUCUCUA